AUGGCCGCGGCCGCCGGGCCCUGGCCCAUGCUGCCCGACGACCUCGUGUACCGGCACUCGGCCGCCAUGACGGCCGUCUACUGCGCCGCCUACUCUCUCGUCUUCCUGCUCGGGCUCGUCGGCAACUGCUGCGUCAUCGCGGUCGUGUGGCGGUCGCCGCGCAUGCGCACCGUCACCAACCUCUUCAUCGCCAACCUGGCCGCUGCCGACCUGCUCGUCGUCGUCGUCUGCCUUCCCGCCACGCUCGUCUCCAACAUCUUCGUGCGUGAAAAUCUUGCGCUGUACACCAUCUCGUCGACGCCUCCAGCAUCUGGUCCCGGCGGAGUUCGAGUCCUUCCUCGGGCAUGGGUAUGUGUGUCCUUCAGUGCAGAAGAACACAAAACACUAGAGCUGGACAGGAUUUAA